GCUCGGACGAAGCAUUGCGGAACAGCAGAAGCAUAACACUGGUAAACAAUCGUCACUGUAGGUCUAAACUACAAACUUUCUGAACCAGACAAGAAACCGCCUUGCGCCAUUUGUUGUCACAUCCAGAAACCUUGAGUAUCCUUGCUUAAAAAUGCUGCGAAUGAGUGGGCUAAUCCUCACGCUUGUGCUGGUAACUGCUGCCUACGAGCAGGAUGAGAGCGAGCCCUUAUCUCCAAGGACAGCGCGCUUCUCCGCCAGCAGCCCAUCUGAUGUUGCACGCUGUCUGAACGGGGCCCUGCAGGUGGGCUGCAGUGCAUUUGCCUGUCUUGACAACUCCACCUGCAACACCGACGGCAUGCAUGAAAUCUGCAGGUCCUUCCUCCACAGUGCUGCCAAAUUUGACACACAGGGCAAGACUUUUGUGAAGGAGAGCCUGAAGUGCAUAGCCAAUGGCAUCACCUCCAAAGUGUUCCUUACCAUCCGCCGCUGCUCAUCCUUCCAGAAGAUGAUCUCAGAGGUUCAGGAGGAGUGCUAUAGCAAACUAGACCUCUGCUCUGUCGCCCAGAGCAACCCAGAGGCCAUGGGGGAGGUGGCCCAGGUGCCCAGCCAGUUUCCCAACAGGUACUACAGCACCCUGCUGCAGAGUCUUCUGACGUGUGAUGAGGACACCGUGGAGCAGGUGAGGGUCGGGUUGGUGUCCCGCCUGGAGCCAGAGAUGGGGGUGCUCUUCCAGCUCCUCCAGACCAAGGCCUGCCCCCCGAGCGCGGCCGGUGGCACUGGCCCAGUGGGGGCAGGAGGCAGCUGGCGCUGGCCCAUGGGGCCCCCCAUGUUCAAGAUCCAGCCCAACCUGCGCUCCCGGGACCCCACCCACCUCUUUGCUAAGAAACGCUCGACCAGCUCCUAAUUACCACCCACCAAGGCUAGCACUCAUGGAUUGUCCUUAACCCCCUCCCCUAAAAAAGAGUAGAGAACAAAUUGUGCUAUUUCCUCUUAUGUACACAGGCGGUAAUAAGCUUCCAACUAGGGUUUUAAAACAAACAAACCUUCAGUAAACACAUGUGGUCUACUAGACGACAGUAUUUGAUGGUGGACCUGUAUUUGAAUGUACUAGUUGUACUGGACACUCAGCUGGUAAUGUGAAGCUUUGUGUUUCUUCAUGUGGUACAGAAUAUUCAUUCUUUUUUUAUGCAUUGCCUUGUAUAUCAUCAAGUUUUGUAAGAAAAUAUCAGGCUGCAUGGGUUUAUUUUGUUGAAGGUACAUUAUAUUAUAAGUAAUAUUUUGAGUUUAAAAAUAUUGUCCUUGUACAAAUCAAGGAUUUUACAGAGCAUAGCCAAUCACAUCUUUUCGUCUUUUUCCCAAACCUCAAAGCAGAUAUUAAACAACAUGCUCUUUGGAAAUGAGGAUAAUCAGGAUCCUGUGUUCUGAUAUGCAACCAUAAUGAGACCUAACAGGACUAUUCUGUAGUCUUGUUAAUAUUUUAUUGAUAUUUAAUUUCCUAAAUAAUAUAUAUUUUUUCAUUUAAUUGUUUUUAUUUGGUUGAGUUGCCAUGGUUACUAUUGUAAAGUACCAGGAGUUGAAUGCGCAGUUCUGUUUCGGGCCCCGGUGGUGAAUCUUGAAGCCCAGUCAGAGGCAGUUGAGCCAUUAUGAACAGGACAUGUGCUUCGAUCCCAUGCUGGUCAUGAGGGUCAUUACAGCUUUUCUAGUUGGGCACAAUUAUCUGCCGGUAUUUUUCCAGGGCCUUAUAUUAGACAGCUCAGCAACUCGGCAAGGUUUGGAACCCUUGUAAGACAGAAAGGUCACAACAUGUCAAUAGUGUUACUUACUCAUGUGUGCCAUAACACAGAAUGAUUUAGCUCUAUACAUUUUGUUAAAAGUACAAACACUUUUUGGUGGUUUGCUGUGCAAAUACUACUAAUAACAGGUCAUAAUAGCGAGAAGAGACUCUUCUACACCCAGUCUGAUUGGCUAAGGAAACACUGUGCAGAUUUUUUAAGAUUUUGAUAGGGUGCUUCAUACUGUUGCCUGUUAUGCUGAUUUUAAGGCCUUAGCCAAACUCAGAAGAUGAUUCUUUGUUUGCUUUCGAGCAAAAGUUAAGGCCUAAAGCACCUUGAAGUCAGAUUCCAGAAUUAACCUCAAUGAUUUGCUUCAAAGGACUAUUGCAUGUCUUUGGGGGCAAAUCAUUGGUUAGAUCAAUAACGUCACACAUUAAGAAAAUAAGAAAGAAAAAAGUAUAUCUGCAUGUCCAGUGUAAAGGAUGUAUCAGUACAUUUAUCAUUAAUGUACACUUAGUCUAUUUUCUCUGCACUGUUCCAGCUGCUGUUAAGGUGGCCGUUUAGAAGUGACAUCAAAGUCUGUCCACUUGAAAUGUGAGCCAAAACCCCUUUGAUAAGCUGCAGCAUGUUCCUGUCAUAUUUGGUUCAAAGCCCUUGUUCCUGACCUUGCAGCCAAUGUUAAACAGAACUUAUGUAACAUUCCAGAAGGCAUCCUUUUGUAACUGUUUCUCCAUGUAAAUGUGAAUGAAAGUCUUAUUUUUAUUAGAAAUUAUUUGUGCAAAAAUGACCACAUCUGUGCACAUUGUGGCAAUCAUUUCGGUAGUUUCAUGUCUUUUGUGCAUGGCACUCUGCCACCUGCUGGUGAUAAUCAUGUAACUAAGUUUUAUUUUCUGACACACUUAAUGAGCUGGCACACUUAGUCCAUUUUUGACAAUCAGAUAUUUGAAUCAAUAUGAGGAUGUACCUUAUGAACCUUAUGUCUGCCAGUUCUGCUCACCUGAAAUGCAAGAGUGAAAUGCAUAUAGUCUCUGCAUAUGGAAAUGCAUAUAGACUCUUUCAGAUUUUUUUCAAAAUGGGAAGAAUAUUCAUAUGGAAUAAUGUUUGUAAGUUUCACGAUAAUUUAAACAUCUGCAUGUCUUGCUGAAGGAGAGGGAGUUCAACCCAAUUGCUAGGAGAGCAAUUUCACAAUUGAAUUGGUUUGGGCUUUAAUGAUUUUACACAUCUCAGGUGAAUCCUUUCCAAGCUUAGAACACCUUCCCUUCUUGUUCUGAUCAGUUCCCCUCUCACAAUUAAAUCAGAAUUUUUCUACACACACUAUAAUCUAUAUACUUUUCAUAUUUACCAAUUGGUGACAAAAACCGAAAGUUACUACCAAUCAUCUGUGAAAUCUUAUGCAUGUGCAAAUGAAUUCUGAUUGAACCUGAUUGAUUGACUAAUUAGCUCUUCAGUACAGGUUUUAUUCAAUUUUCUCUAUGUACUACUGAAAUACGGCUGUGUAUGUAUAAUAAUUAAGCACUAUUUUUUCAUCUGUAUGUUGUCCUUUGGCUGUAAACAAAUAAAGUACGAUCAUAUCUGGUAUAUGGUA